AAGCGGAAAGCAGAUGCUGAAUGAUGCUAGUGCAUAUUGAGCGAGAAUACAGUAUCAAUAAAAUAUUUUUAUCGUGCUUAGGUGUCUGGCCAUUUCAAAGUAAACUCGCAAGAAGUCUGAUACCGAUUUGCUACAUUGUGUACGAAACAAGUUACUAUUCGAUCGAGAUAUUGAUGUUGUAUGAUCAUUGGAAAGAUGCGCGAAUAGUCUUCGACUGCUGUUAUCAAAUUGUCUUGCUGACUACCUUUGUCUCAAAGCUACUAAAUGAGUUCUUGAAUCACGAUAAGGUUCAACGUUUAAUCGAGACUAUGGAUAAUCAUUGGAAUAUAUUUACGAGUGAAUCGGAACUUCGAACUCUUAAAGAUUAUACUAACAUAUCACGAAAAUUUACAAUAUUCUACUCGAUAAUGAUGUACUCCAUGGUAACGACAUUUUUAUUAAUCCCAUUAACACCAGUUUUUCUUGACAUUAUACGACCUCUUAAUGAAUCACGUCCACGAUUCUUCGCAGUAGCUGUAGAAUUAAGAAUAGAUCAAGAAAAGUACUAUACACCACUUUUUUGUUACAAUAUCAGUAUAAUAAUGUUGGGCACAAUUAUUAUGGUUGGAGUCGAUACUAUGUACGUCGCAUAUACUGCUCAUGCUUGCAGUUUAUUUUCAAUCAUCAGUCAGCAGUUUGAGGAGAUAUUAUCAAAGCUGGAUGUCACGAAGCAAGUUAGCAAAUAUGAACCUUACUUGGAUGAGGAUCUUGAAUUGUUAAGCGAGAAAGAAAUAUAUCAGCAAUACAUAAUAUGCUUAAAAAAAUAUCAACUUACUUUAGAGUUUGUCAAUAUUAUUGAUUCAGCAUAUCAGGUUCUUACCUUAUUUCUAUUAUUACUUAAUGGUAUAACUAUAAGUCUGGUUGGAAUUCGAAUCGCUUAUGUAUUAGAUGAGUUACAAGAAAUGAUAAGAUUUGGUUUCAUAAUCAUUGGCAUGUUAACACAACUCUUGAUCAUAUGUUAUUCUGGUCAAAAGCUAAUGGAUGAAAGUCAGAAUGUAUUCUACCAAAUCUACGCUGUAAAAUGGUAUAAAUUCUCACCAAGAUUAAAAACACUGUUAAUUAUAACUCUUUAUAGAAGUAUUAUUCCCUCUGGUUUAACAGCAGCUAAUAUAGUUCCAUUAUCAAUGGCAACUUACGCUACGGUGGUUCGAGCGGCCUUAUCUUACUUUAUAACAUUCUUAUCUUUCAAAAGCUAGUUAUUUUGUAUUAUGUUGUACCUCAUAUUAUAAGAGAUCUUUAUGGAUCGUAUUGUAAAAUCGUCGAAUAACCGACCAUGUAGUUUUCACUUAGGCACAAGAAGCACUUAAAGCUGGCUGUACUGCACUAACCAGAAGUUAUAGCCCAUAUAUUAAAAAUUGUAAGCAAAAAGUGAAAUUGAUCAAUAAAAGAGAUAAGAAAGCACACAA